GUCCUCGUGGUGUAGUGCAGUGUCCAUCCCACUCCACAUCUCUAUCCUUGAGCAGAGCAACUGUAACCCAUCCUCCGCAUCUCAAUCCCCAACUAUUUGCCAAUCGGUCAAAUACAUCAAAGACAACAAUGCGCUUCCUUUGCUUCGGCACGAAGCCCACGCCCUCCCAGACAUCCGUACCUGUCGGUCCCAGUCCUGUUUCCGUGUUAUCGCCUCCCUCGCCUGCGAGCUCCUCUGUCGCAAUCAAGACGCCUCGCGCUGCCGGCAGUUCCACGGAAAAAAUUGAUAGGCAGGAGAACUUUACGCCAAAGUACGUUCGCGUUGAUCCACCAAAGUCAGCUGUAAGGUCUAGCGGCGGCGGCUACAGUGGCUACAGUGGCUACAGUGGCUAUAGUGGCGGCGGUGGUGGAUACAGUGGCGGAGAUGGUGGGUGUAGCAGUGGGGGAGAUGGAGGAGGAGGAGGAGGAGGCGGUGGCGGCGGCGAUGGAGGAGGUUGCUGAAUGGCUCGUGGUUCUUCUCAGGGCGGAUUAAAUUCGUGGCGCGAUCAUAGAGUACACAUCUGUGUCGGGUGUACAGCCUUUCGGGAAUCCGUAGGCCGCUAUGUCUUCAUUCAAAAUGCCAGUUCGGUUCCCUCUCCUUGACUUCCGGGCCACAAUUUUGCUGCGUCUUCGGUGCCUAGGUAGACAAGGUAUGGUACUUCUGCUAGUGGCCCAUGGCCGCUCUCAUCAUUGCCUCUGUACACGUUUAAAUCUCCCCUUAGUGCUCCCGGGUCACUUCAGUUCAUUCCAGGCGUACACGUAAUUCCCGAUUCGCCUUGCAGCCACACCGUAUCAUUGGCAUUGUAUCAUGGAAAAUCUGAC